AUGGAAUCGGAGGCGGCCGCGAAAACGGAGGUCAUCAAAAUUGAAAGCGAGGACGAGUCGGUCUUGGAGGACUGCAGCGGAUCCGAUGGAGAGGUGAUUGAUGAGAAUGAGUGAUGGCGGAUGAAAGAGGUGAAACGGAGGAGAGGUGGCUACGGAGAUGGAGGAGAGGAGGUGGCGACGGAGGUGGGCGAUGUGGACGAAGCGAGGGGAUCGACCGAAAGCGGAGAAUGCGGAAGCGACGGACUUAGGGGAACGAACAGGCUGGACAAUGACGACGACAGCGACGCCACAGCAACCGCCCCACCGCUUCCCGCGAAUCGACGCCGCAUGAACCAACCCCACCUCUGUCACCCGAAACUCUCGCCAAGUCGCUACGCGAGGGGGAGGAGUGGGACAGGAUCAGAGCUAACUGGGUUGAGCAGGCCGACUUGAGCGGGGACCAAAGCAUCGAGAGGAGGCUCAACGCUGAAACCCCUCUGGUGCGUCACAACUUUGCCACGUGGGACGAGGACGGUGAGAUACGCUCCAUCAACAUCAGGGGGACCGCUGCGAAGUUCAAGAAGCAGGUGAUGAAGAGGUCGCAGACUGCGGCGGACCUCAGUGACCCAAGUGACGAACCGACCGACGCCAAGCGAGUCAUCAUCAAAGGGAAGAGCCGCGUCGUGGUGAAGGAUGGAAUAGAGGGGCGGAGGGUGACGAGGUCGAUGUCGGCGGCAGCGGCGAUGCAGGUCGAGGUGACGAAGGUGGACAGAGGGAAAGGAAGAGGGGUAGCUGAGGAAAAACGAUGGUCCGACCACGAGCCCGAGGACGAUGUCCUGCCCGCCCUUCCCCUCUUUGAGGACGUCACCACCGCCAAGAGCGCCUCGACCUCGACUACCCAUUAAUGAUCAAGCACACCAUCAUCACCUGGAACGUAAGAAGGGGCAUGGGGGUCCCGGAAAAACGACGUAAUAUCUACACCUACCUUUCCACAUUCAAAGCUUCCGCGAUUCUCUUACAGAGCAUUUCAUCAGACCACAAUUCUGGCAGCUCAUCAAGGACGAGUACGAGGGCAAGCUCUUCAUCAACCAGCACUGCCUGACCUGAUCCCGGCCGACUCGCCCCUGAUCGACGCCGAGCUCUUGCGCACCCACUCGGCACUCGACGGCCGGCUCCUCGUCACCUCCUUUCGUCUGCGGGGCGACAUCAAAAUUCUAGAAAUCAAUAACCUCUACGCGCCCGUUGACCCAAACAACGAGCAAAAUUCUUCGACAAACUGAUCCUCCACAAAACACAGAAAUCCCACCUCCGACUCCUUGGCGGCGAUCUCAACGACUGCCCGCGCCCAGAAGUCGAUCGGCGGAACCAAAGUCGGCGCGGCCACCACUGGCCGAUUCUGAUGGGCAAGCUCGACUCGGCCUACACGGACUGCAUCCGCUACAAGCACCCCAUCACCCCAUCUUUCACUCGACCUAAUCCCAAUCGCAAGCGACCCAACUCCUUCUCCCGGCUUGACUACUUUCUCCUACAAAGAGCUCACCAAAAAAGGCUCGACCAGGCCUCGACGAUCUACGACUAUCCCAAGGAUCUUUCCGAUCACCGACCGGUCUUGAUCGUACUAGCUCUCUCAGACGAUCUUGAUGCGGCUCUCCCACAGCUCAGCCUACCUACCACAUCCGACAACUACAUCGAAUCAAUACCACAACCUUCAAGACGGUGGAAUUUCAGCGGAUGAUGGAAGGAUGGUUGGAAGGGGCAAGCGGGGAGGAUCCGGUGCGAGAGCUUGAGGAGGUUCUGGAGGCGUGCAGGGACAGGGGUGGGGAGAUGGCGAGGAGGCUGCAUCGGGAGCGGACGGAACGGAUGGAGUAUUUGGUGGGGAGGGUGCAGGAUCUGGAGGCGUUACCGGUAUGGGGGGAGGCGGAAACGGCAGAAUGGACAAGGACGUCCGAGGAACUCAAGCGGGCGGUCGAGGAGCGCGCGCGCCUACUCCGGAUCCGAGCCCACGUCCCCGAGAUCGCUUCCGAGGAACGACUGUCGCGGCCGGUCCACGCCAAGCUCGCGGCGCGGAACUCGGACUCCAAGAUCACAGCACUGCGCUUGGGCAACGGAGAGCUAACGCAUGACAUUGAUGUCGCUCUUGACCACACGCAGGCGCAUUUCCAGCGCCUCUACCACAUCGAGCCUCGUGAUCCGGAACGCGUCGACCGACUUCGGGACGAACUCCUCGUGCCGAUCAGGGCGGCACGGACUUGCGACGACCCGCGCUCAGAUCCGCUCUUUCUGCGCCGACUCUCGGAAGCGCAGAUUGAUCUCCUCCAGCAACCCAUCACCGAGGACGAGGUCGUGGCCGCGAUCGGGACGACGCACCCGGGGCGAUCGCCGGGCCCGUCGGGCGUGCCUUACGAACUCUAUCAGACCGCACCGGAGGCGUGGUCCAAGGUGCUGACCAAGGCCUACAACGCGAUGAUCGAGCGCGGUUCACUCUCUCCCAAGCAGGGCCAGGGACUCGUGCGCCUCAUCUUCAAGCGCCACAAGAAGAAUGCCGAUCGCGCCGAACUCUCGUCGUAUCGCCCCAUCACCCUGCGCGAGUGCGAUUACAAGAUUUUUACCAAGGUCUACGUCGCCCGAUUGAACCAAAUUCUGCCCGAUCUCCUCCCGCCGCAGCAGCACGGCUUCGUCAAGGACCGCCGAUCGGCCGACGCUGCACUACACCUUCGUCUCCUGAUCGAGGAACUUGGCGCGCGCAGGACCGAGUUCCCCGCGGCCGCGCUCUUGUCUCUUGACCAAUCAUCCGCCUACGACCUCGUCGAGCAUGACUGGAUCUUUGCCAUCUUCGACGCUCUGGGCGCUCCUACCACCUUUCUUCGCGUGCUGAGGAUGCUCUACUCGGGUGACUCGACCUCGGCGCGCUACAUCAUCAAUGGGUUCCUGACGGCGCCGGUGCGACUGACGUGUGGGCUCGGCCAAGGGGACCCGGCGUCAUCGUCGGUCUGGGACAUCGUGUUUCAGCCGUUCCUGGAUGCUCUACACCGUCGAAACAUCGCGCUGAAUCUCUCCAUACCUGCACUUCAUCCGUACCCACAGAGCCGCGCCAUUACAUCACUUGCAUUUGCCGAUGACGUUGUCGUCGCCGUCGCGGGCUUGGAGUCACUCAACUUGCUCGAUGACCUGGCGCUCGACUGGAGGCAUGCAACGAAUGGCCGGCUCAACACGGACAAGACGGUCGUCCUACCGAUUGGACGUCGCUGGGACCCUGGGGAACGGCCAAUCGUCGUCAAGGCCGCAGGCGAGUCGCUCGAGUGGAUCGGCCUCCCCUUCGACCCCAGCGGCGACACCGAACUCGCCUACGCGAAUCUCAUCGAACGGCUCGAGGCGACGCUGGAAGCGGUUCAGCAUCGCUGGCUCACGCACCACACCCGUGCCUUUUACGUCAAUCGGUACGCCAUUCCCAAGAUCCUGCAUUUCCUUGCAGCCGACAUCCCGCCGCCCAAAGUCGUCAAGAAGCUCGAUGACAUGCUCGUCGAUUUCGUCCGUGGGGGCAAGGGCAGGACCAGCUACGGCAGAGACAUUGUGUUCACCGCCAAGAACAAGGGGGGACUCGGGGUGAUAAGGAUGCGGGACGUUGUGGACGCGGUUGCGGCACGGCUCUGGGACGUUCUUCUCGGCGGUUCCGGCGCGAUUUGGCAAGGACUUGCGCGCGCAUCACUCCAGCGAGCUCAGCCCGACCUCGACCUGGCCACCGAUCUCUGGCCACAUCCAUCCACUCCCAUCCCCAACGACCUUCAUCCCCGAUGGCACGCCGCACUGGGCGUUCCGAAACUUCACGACGCGCAGGUCAACCCGAGGGCCUUGACCACCGCGAACUUGCUCGCGCUGCCCACCCUGCUCGGCAGCCUCCACACCCCCAUCAGAGGGAGACAGACCAUCGACGCGGUUCAUGUACCUGACUACCUUCGUCUCCAGGGCUACCCGAAGGUGGCGGAUCUCUAUCGACGCGAGUUGUAUGCGGGUGGGGGGUUUCACCUCUGGACGCCGCCGGCGGAUGUGCUCGGCGACAACAGCGAGUACGAUCGACGCGGGCUCCCGCAGCGACUGGCAAUCGCGGCCUGGUACCGGUUCACUGUCGAUCGACACAAGAACACCCCCUUGGCGGCGGCGGUGGCGGCGGGACGACUCAACGUGCCUCCCCGGAUCGGCACCAGCGCACCACUCGAGGCGAUCAUCCCCAAGCCCGUGGCCCGCUUCGCAAUGGAGCAGCGCCUUCCGGACCCGGUGCUUCCACAACAGGCGAGCCAGUAUACGCUGCUGAACAUGGCUCGCCCCUACACAGUCCGUCGCAUCCGCCGGGUCCUGAACGCGAAGGCAUUUACCAACAUGCUCGGGCUCAAGGGACCACCGCAGCCGGACGACCUCAGGAGCUUCUGGAAGGCAGUCAACUCGAAGGCACUGACGGCGAGGGAGAGGGAAGUUUGGUUCAAGCUGAUCCUCCGCUUCACCCCGACGCGCAAACUCCAGCACGAGCAAAAGCACGACACUUCUCCCGCGUGCCUCGUGUGCGAAGCGCCGGUGGACGACACCGAUCACUACUUCUUCGGCUGCGUCGACUCGCGGAACAUCUGGACCGCGGCAAGGGGCGUGCUCUGCGACGCGCUCGGAUGCGACACGAUCGAGGACGCCGAGUACACGACACUACAACGACUCUUUGGCCUCCCCAAGCUCAAGGCCAAGCUCAGCGAACAGGAAGGCGCAGGCAGGACGAUCGAGAUCUUCACGGGGAUGGUCUUGGAGAUGAUCAGCAGUGGGAGAUGGAGGAUGCAGAAGCACGGGACGAGGAUGGAAAGCCUGGAGCGGAGGAGGGUGGUACUGGAGGAGAGGAUGAAGUUGAGGGCGGGGGGAGCAAGGGGCGGGCGAGGGCAGUAG